GUGGCGGGCGCGGUGGAUGCUGUGGCCCGUGCUCGGGGAUGAGGGGCUGAGGCCCUCGUCGCCACAGCCAGUGUCAGCCGCUCGUUGUUCGUCGGGAGGCGGUGGAGUGGUGGCCGCCCUUGCCAGGGUCGCGUCCUGCAAGCCUAGUAACAAGCUGGCGCCCCUGCUGUUUUGUGCGCCUUGCAAGCCGAGCUCCCAAGGCAAGAAUCGGGCCACCGCGCGGUGGUACGUCAAGCAGCCCACGUGGCGUCUUUGGGGCGAGGAAAAAGGUGACGGCGUCAUCUAUACAGUCUAUCUAAAGAAAGUAUGCUAUCACAGGCCUACGCGAAGUAUUUCUACUUCGGACUCGGACGACGAGAUUUCGCACCUAGAAUGGGAGACGGUGCGGGUGCGCUUCCUAAAAGCCGGUACAGUGCAGCGGCUCGUCGAGAGCCUAGCAAACGACGACGGCGAACUGGAAUCGACUUACAUAAACGUCUUUUUGGCAACUUACCGAGCAUUCACGACGCCCCACGAGGUCCUAGAUCUUUUGCUUGCCCGCUACGAUUCGCUCGACGAGGUGAGCAACACCCAACACCGCAAGACUCUUGUCCAAGCGUUGCAUGUCUGGCUGGACGCCUAUCCAGGUGACUGGCGCUCACCCCCCGGCCAUCCCUUACUCACGCAGCUCCUUGACUUUGCCCAUCGGAGACUGCCUGGCUCUGAACUCGAGCUCAAGGCUCGGAAUCGCCUGCUCAGGUUCUCGUCCGUCCAGCGUGAUGACCAAAUUGACAACGCGUACCCGAUCUACGACAGCAACGGGCGUUUCGGGCCGUUGCACGACUCGUUUAACGACAACAUCUGGUCGAACUACGCGUUACCGGAGGUGCCGCACCGUCACUUUGCGGAGCAGCUUACUCGCAUGGACGCCGAGGUAUUUAAGAAGCUCGUGGCCCACCAGUGCCUGGGCGCAGUCUGGUCGCGGCGCAGCGACCGCUCGCGCAGCCACGAAGCCUCUACGGUCCUCGCGACGGUGAAUCAGUUCAACGCGGUCUCGCUGCGCGUCAUCUCGACGAGCCUGCUACCGGAGGACGGCACCAAGACGCAGGACCGCGCCCGAGUGAUCGAGACCUGGAUCGACAUAGCUCAGGAGCUGAGGGUGCUCAAAAACUUCAGUAGCCUCAAGGCCAUAGUCUCGGGCUUGCAGAGCAAUCCCAUCUACAGACUCGAAAAGACCUGGCAGUGCAUACCCCGGGAGAAGCACGAGGUCUUCCGCGAGCUCGAGCGGAUCUUCUCCGAAGAAAAUAACGCCUGGACCCAGCGUGAGCUCCUCAUGAAGGAGGGCACGGCCAAAUUCGCCGACACGGCUGGAAGGAGCGACAGGCACCUACAGAAGAUCCUACAGAAGCAGAACACCAGUGCAGGGAAUAUCAGCUACGGAACGAUACCGUACCUGGGCACCUUCCUGACCGAUCUGACAAUGAUCGACACCGCGAUCCCGGAUACGAUAGCCGAUGGGCUGAUAAACUUCGACAAGCGUCGCAAAGAGUUCGAAGUGCUCGCCCGCAUCAGGCUGCUCCAGGGAGCUGCGAACGCCUACAACUUUAGCGCUGACCCGCUCUUUGAGCGCUGGUUCCACUUGAUCGAGGUGUUGGACGAUCGCGAGGCCUACCGGCUGAGCUGCCGGAUCGAGCCACCCCCGGCCGGCACUGCUAGUAACAAUCGCCUCCAGGCAGUCCCGGUAGUGAAGAAGAAGCAGCACAAUCACCACCACCACCACCACCAUCACAACCACAAUCACUCGGGUCAUCGAAAGAACGACUCGAUCGCCUCGACCUCCAGCUCGAGUAGCUCUCAGUUUUACUGCGAUUUGGACUCGUUGCCGAGCUCACCGCACAACUCGCUCGACAGGCGGACGUCACCCUCGCAGAUGUCCUCCUCGUCCUCCUCGUCUUCACUGCCCUCCCUGGACAUCUCGUUGAGCUCCGGUGGUGGCGGCGUCACAAACGGAUUGAAUGGUAGCCAACAGAGCCGCUCCAACACCUCGCAAGUCUCAAAUUCCAACGGCAUCGGUGCCAACGGCGGACCAUCGAGUCCCGGGCACUCGCACGUGAGCUCUCCGGACUUUUACAUCAUCAAGGUGACCAUGGAAAGCGACAGCCGCGAGACCGAGGGCGUUGUUCUCUACAAGUCGAUCAUGCUCUCGAACAACGAGCGCACGCCCCAGGUCAUACGCAAUGCCAUGCUCAAACUCGACAUCGAGGGCAAUCCCGACCAGUUCACGCUGGCUCAGGUGCUACCCGACCGCGAGAUGGUACUGCCGAGCUCGGCCAACGUCUAUUACGCCGUCAAUACGGCCCACAAUCUCAAUUUUAUUCUCAGACCGAAAAAGACCUGAGACGCCGGGCCCAAAAGUUUUUGUAUUUCAUUUUUGAUACGUUGUACGGUAGCGUGGUACAAUCAAACUUACAUUGCCGGUUAAUUUUGCGUUUUAUGUGUGCUGAUUACGAUCAUUAAACGUGAUUUUACGCUAAAUGAGCUUGGCUUAUGUGCUCUUGUCCACUGCAAUGAUUAAUAAUCAAGUUUAUUAGAA